CGUCUGUUUAGCUGAGCGGAGAAGCAGAGGGGGGAGGAGAGAGAAAUCGUUGACUUCCUGUUUUCUGAAAGCAUCCGAAUAUAUAUCACAUACAGGAAGAUGUGCAGCGGAUACACACCCGAAUCAAAAUCUGACUGAGCCCUGCUGCAAAUGCGGAUAGUUUGCAGCUUUUCCAGCAUCCCUGCAUCCCUCCCCUGGAUCCCGGGUCCUGCUCCGCUCUCUGGCUGGAGGUAGCGACUCACCAGCCGGCCAGGGCCGCCAUCGAGCCCCGGGGCCCGAGCAGACGAGCUGCAUCAGCGGGGCAUCUUUCUGCGUCGGCGGUUUUGUGCCUGCAGCGAGCAGAUCAGUGCAGAAGCAGAUCAGUGCAGAAGCAGAUCAGUGCAGAAGCAGAGCGGGUUUUAUCAUCAGUGUUCAUCUGCAGCAGAUCGGAUGAGUCGCUUCAGGUGACCGCGAUAUGGCAGUGCUGAAACUCGCUGAUCAGCCGGCUCUUGUCCAAGCCAUCUUCAAUGGAGACCCUGAGGAGAUCCGCAUGCUCAUCUACAAAUCGGAGGACAUCAACGCACUGGACACAGAGAAGCGUACUCCCCUCCAUGCAGCAGCAUUCCUCGGUGAUGCGGAGAUCAUUGAGCUCCUUAUCCUCUCUGGAGCUCGGGUCAAUGCCAAAGACAACAUGUGGCUCACUCCUCUUCACAGGGCCGUGGCGUCACGGAGUGAGGAGGCAGUGCGUGUGCUGAUCCGUCACUCGGCCGACGUGAACGCACGUGACAAGAACUGGCAGACGCCUCUUCAUGUGGCAGCCGCCAAUAAGGCUCUGCGUUGUGCUGAGCUCAUCAUCCCACUGUUGAGCAGUGUAAAUGUGUCGGACCGCGGCGGGCGAACUGCCCUGCACCACGCCGCCCUCAACGGACACACCCAGAUGGUCAAUCUGCUGCUGGCGAAGGGGGCCAAUAUUAAUGCCUUUGACAAGAAGGACAGCCGUGCUCUUCACUGGGCGGCAUACAUGGGUCACUUGGAUGUGGUGUGUUUGCUGGUGGAGCAGGGAGCGGAAGUCAGCUGUAAAGACAAGAGAGGAUACACACCUCUUCAUGCUGCUGCCUCCAAUGGACAGAUUACUGUGGUUAAAUAUCUGCUCAGCCUGUCUGUGGAGAUAGAUGAAGCCAAUGCGUUUGGGAACACGGCUCUGCAUGUAGCAUGCUUUAAUGGUCAGGAUGCCGUGGUGAGUGAGCUGAUUGACCAUGGAGCUAAUGUGAGUCAGCCCAACAACAAAGGCUUCACCCCUCUCCACUUUGCCGCUGCGUCCACACACGGCGCCCUCUGCCUCGAGUUCCUGGUCAACAAUGGAGCUGACGUCAAUGUGCAGAGCCGAGAUGGGAAGAGUCCUCUGCAUAUGACUGCAGUGCAUGGCCGCUUCACUCGCUCUCAGACUCUCAUUCAGAACGGCGGAGAGAUAGACUGCGUGGAUAAGGAUGGCAACACUCCAUUACACAUUGCCGCUCGUUAUGGUCAUGAACUCCUCAUCAACACCUUAAUCACCAGUGGGGCCGACUGCACCAGAAGAGGAAUUCACGGGAUGUUUCCCCUGCACCUGGCAGCUCUAAAUGCUCAUGCUGACUGCUGCCGGAAGCUUCUCUCCUCAGGACGGAGGUAUAGCAUAAUCUGCACCCUCAGUAAUGAGUCGGUCCUGUGUGCAGGCUUCCAGAUCGACACCCCGGACAGCCUGGGCAGGACUUGUCUCCACGCAGCUGCUGCUGGAGGCAAUGUUGAGUGUGUGAAGCUGUUGCUCAGCAGUGGAGCAGACCACAACCGCACAGACAAGCAUGGCAGGACUCCCCUCCACUAUGCAGCUGCAAGUCGUCAUUUUCAGUGCUUAGAGACUCUGGUGUCGUGUGGUACCUGUAUUAAUGCCACUGACCAGUGGGGACGGUCUGCCCUGCACUACGCUGCUGCCUCUGACCUGGACAGGAGGCGACGUGUAGCCCUGGAGCCAGAGAGUCCUGGAGUGCAAGCAGAGAAAGAGAAGGAGGCAGCUCUGUGCCUUGAGUUCUUGUUGAAGAGUGGUGCCACUGCCUCACUGAAGGACAAGCAGGGUUACAGCUCUGUCCACUACGCUGCUGCCUACGGCCAUCGACGCUGCCUGGAGCUGCUUCUGGAACGAGCAGAGCAAAAUCAGGAUGAAGGCAAGAACUGCAGCACCCGGAGUCCACUACAUCUAGCUGCAUACCAUGGCCAUGCGCAGGCUCUGGAAGUGCUGCUGCAGGGCCACUGCGAUGUGGAUCAGGGUGAUGAGGUGGGCCGCACAGCUCUCGCCUUCGCCGCCCUCAGGGGUCACACCGACUGUGCUCUGACACUGCUGAACCACGGCGCUUCAGCACGCUGCAAAGACACGGUCCGCAGACGCACGCCUAUCCACCUCGCAGUGAUGAAUGGCCAUACACCGUGUGUUCGCCUCCUGCUGGAAGAUUCGGACAGCUCAGAUCUGGUGGAUGCAGCUGAUUCUCAGGGACAGACCCCUCUGAUGCUGGCAGUGCUGGGGGGUCAUGUGGACGCGGUGUCUCUGCUGUUAGAGCGAGAGGCCAGUGUAGACACAGCGGAUCAUCAGGGACUGACUGCACUUCACUUAGGGUUGCUGUGUGGUCAGGAAGAGUCUGUGCAGUGUCUUUUAGAGCAGGAGGCUUCGGUGUUGGUGGGUGACUGCAGGGGGCGCUCAGCGCUCCACAUUGCUGCAGCGCGGGGUCACGCGUCCUGCCUCAGUGAGCUGCUGACUGUGGCCUUUGCAGAGUCGUCCAUCCUUCCUCUGAGAGAUCGCCAUGGAUACACACCCCUACACUGGGCCUGCUACAACGGUCAUGAGGGCUGUGUGGAGGUGCUGUUGGAGCAGAAAGGCUGUCGAUGCUUUGAUGGGAACCCCUUCACCCCUCUGCACUGUGCUGUGAUAAAUGACCAGGAGUCCUGUGCAACUCUUCUCCUGGAUGCAUUGGGCUCAGAGAUAGUAACCUGCAAGGACUCCAAGGACAGGACUCCUCUUCACGCAGCUGCUUUUGCUGGCCAUGUGGACUGUAUUCAGCUGCUCCUUGCCCAUGAUGCUCCUGUGGAUGACGUGGACCAAUCAGGGCGCAGUGCGCUCAUGAUGGCAGCAGAGAGGGGGGCGAUCGGAGCUGUAGAGGCUCUUCUCACCAGUGCGAAUGCUGACCUCACUUUGACAGACCAAAAAGGCAACACUGCCCUGCACCUCGCUUGCAGCAGUGGAAAAGAAGAAUGUGCUUUGUUCAUUUUGGAGAAACUUCCAGAUGCUGCCCUUGUCAACGCCACAAACGCUGCGCUCCAGACUCCCCUCCACCUUGCAGCUCGCAGUGGGAUGAAGCAGACAGUGCAGGAGCUGCUGUCUCGCGGUGCCAGCGCGCAGCUUUUGGAUGAGAACGGUCUCACUCCCGCUCUGGCUUGCGCUCCUAGCAAGGAGGUUGCUGAGUGCCUGGCUCUCAUUCUGGCUACCAUGAUGCCUUUUUGCUCCCCUUGCAGCUCCGACACUCCCUCUCCAGGCACCCUGUUGAGAUCUCUUCCUCGCCAAGCCAAGGGCCUUCAGGCUCCACGCAGCCCCAGAGAUCCUUCCGGCCCGUCCAGCGAGGGCACGACCACCGAGAACGACUCCGACUCGGAGACCUUUUGACCUCUGCCCUUCCUGGAGUCCUUAUCCCUUCCACCUCUAGAGUUCUCACAGCACUUAAACUCGCGGACCUCCCAGAAGCUGUACGAAUAUCCUCCGUUUCUGUGAAUGGAGGAAAUAGAGAUUAUGAAGGCUGGUCUAUGCUUCAUGUAGCCACAUGAUUAUGAAGAGUGAUGUUAAGCUCAUGGAACUUUAUGGAAAACAGUUUCAUCCAUAGCUAAGAUAUUAGCAGCUGUUAUUGAUAUAGACUGCCAGCUGUUGCUGUAAAGUAGAACACCAUUGCUACAUUAAUAUUGUAGUUUUGAAGAGCUCAUUGGCUUGAAAAGCAUAAAUCAGCCUUCACAAGAACAUCGGUACACUUCCUGUGUAAUUCUGACUACACAGAGACUUUUGAAAGCCAUUUUAUAAUUCCUUUUACCUACCUGAUCCAUAAAACAGAUGGUGUAGAUGUUUUUUGAUUUUAGUUAAUGGAUAAAUUUGCCAAAUAUUGACUCAGCAAAACCACACUUAGGGUACGCUAUAUAUAUAUAGUGUGGGUUACAGAAUCUUGCACACUGUUUGCAAGCACAAACCCCAGAGAAGCACAAUGUCAAAUGUCAUAUGUUGUCACUAAACAGUUGUUACUAACAGGUCCUCUUACAUCAUUUUAGUUUGGACCAAGGACAUUGUUUCUAGACAAACAGGGAAUUGCAAACUACUGCCACAGACUGAUUGGGAUUAUAUAUGUGUUAAAAUACUUGCAAAAAAAAAAAAAAAAAAAGUUGGACUAGAAAUGUGCAAGCACAUUGGCAAUCUAGAGUGAGAUAACUGUGUGUAAAUGAAUUUAAUUAGACUUGAUAGAUGCCAUGACCAAACGGUCCUGAAUAGUCUAUUACAAUACAGAAAGCUUAUGAAGGUCUAUAUUUAAACCUAAUGCUCGGGGAGUGCUACUCUGUCACUUUUAUAAUCAUUUACACUGACAGUAUUAAAAUUAAAAUAAUUCCACAGGGCCAAGUGAGCACAGCUGCCACACACUCGUGUCUAAAGAGUGUUUUAUUAAUAAAACGGUACUAAAUUUUGUCUGCACUUGCAUAUCUGGAGGAAGAGGGUUGGUUAGGAGUUGAGAAAAGAACCAUGAAUAACCAUCCCGCUCUUCUUAGUUUUCCUCUUCGUGUUUUGUUCUACUUACGUGUAUAUUUCUCCAAAUCCAGUCAAGUACCAGCUACUAGCAAACAUGUGCAACUGCAGUCAGGCUUUCUGGAGGAACGUUACAUUUGUUCACCUUCAAUUUUUAUUAAUCUGAACCAGUUGCUUGAAUUGGAUCAGAUGGUGCUAAAUUUUUGGCCUUCAGUGAUUGUUGAAAUUUGACUAUUGAAAUUGACCAAAAGAUUAAGUAAGAUUGAGUAAGAAUGAAUUUUUUUUCAGCAUCCUAAUCAUUUUUGUCCACAAUGUGCCAGUUUCCUAAGCUUGUCCAGUGCCUUGUUUUGUUUUUGAAAAUGUGAAAAGGGGAUUUAAUGCAUUUUGGUGGUUGAUUCUUACUGUACUCCUGUGUUUUCACUAUAUUGAGAUGUGUGCGUGUGUGUGUGUGUGUGUGUGUGUAAUACAUCUGACAAUGUUGGCUACAUUCCUAGCACAGUCUGUAUUUUGGCUCAUGAGAAUCAAUACACAAGAAUUGCACACAAAUGUUGUCUAACAAAAGCACAUGACUAAUGUUUUUCUCCAUAUGGCUUGGAUAAGUAGAGAGCUGAAUGAUGCACAGAAGUGAAAUCUAUCAGUAUUAUGCCAGACUAAGACUAAGCUUUGCCAAUCAUGACAAUCCUAUUGUGUGCCACAUGUUCCUCAUGCAGUAUGAAAUGCUGUCAGUCAGCUAAACAUUCUUUUCUAUAAAUUGUAUCCUUAUAAAAUG